AGACAUUGCAGGCGGGAAGAAAAGCAUUUUUUCUGCUGCCAUGACAACCAUGCAAAGAAAGGAAGAGACCAAACCAGAUCUUGGCCUGGGUGUGCCCCAGCCUGCUGUUCUACACUCAUAUCUGUGGAAAAGGAUGCAAGAGAAGUUCUUGAAAGGGAAACCAAAAAUCCUUGGGAUUGUGCAGAUUAUGAUUGCCCUGGUCAACCUCAGCUUGGGCAUAAUAAUGAUGAGUGUUACACUGCCAUUUUAUCAAGCACGUCCUAUUUCUGUGUACAUUGGAUACACGAUUUGGGGGUCCAUCAUGUUUAUUAUUUCUGGAUCUCUGUCAAUUGCAGCAGAAAAAAGAACUACAAAAGGUCUGGUCCGAGGUAGUCUAGGAUUGAACAUCAUGAGCUCCAUCUUUGCUAUCACAGGGACCAUAAUCAGUGCAGUCAGCCUCAGUAUGUAUUCAUUCUAUGCCAAUUACUGUAACUAUAAUCAAAGGUCAGAAGAUUGUUCCAUAGUCACGACCAUUUUAUUGGGCAUGGAUGCUAUAGUGGCCUGUUUUAGUAUGCUGGAAUUCUGCAUUGCUGUGUCCCUCUCUGCCUUUGGAUGUAAAGUAAUCUGUUGUAACUCAAGCGGGGUUGUGCUAAUUCUGCCACCAAAUCCUCAUGUGGCAGAAACAGCAGCUCCUACACCAUCUAAUGGAGGUUUAAUGCCAACAACAGAUCAAUAGAAAAAUGUUCCAGAAAAUCUAUACUGAUUGUAAUUCAAGAAUUCCACAUGGGAAAGUGCUGGAUCCAGCUUCCAUAUAUACAUACUUAAAACGAUACACAAAAUUUCAAUCCCAUUUUGAAAUAUUAUAUACAUACAUAUACAUAUAUUCACACACUGAAUCAACUCAAAAUCAUACUCAGCUGUCAAAAAAUAAAAUGGUAAUCUGGUAUCUUUUUGGAUAACCUGGAUGGAACUGGAAACCAGUCUUUUAAGUGAACCAUCACAAGAAAGGAGAAACAAACACAUGUGCUCAACACCAAAUUAGAACUAAUGGCUCAACACUUAAGUGCUGUGUGGAAGUAAAUCUCAGUGAAAAUGAAGCUGGGGGAGAGGAGGAAGAGAUGGGUAAAUUCACACCUG